GCCCAGAUGGCUGUGGAGUAGUGGUUUGCUCUUCAUGCUGGUGCUACUGAGGAUUUUUCACAAGCAGGGUAGGUGGUGGAUGUGUAAACAGGGACCAGCCUUUCUUUCCUUCAUACCAAUGGCUGAUUUAAAUGAGGGUUUGAAGAUAAGACAGGGUUUGGACAGAAUGUUUUGGUUAGUGUUCUCCUUUUUCAUCACCUCUAAUUUCUGGAGGUCUGCACUGGUAUUCAGUGUUUUCAUACCGAAAUGGUAUGUGUGUGGUAUGUGAAAGAGUAGCCUGUGUGCGGCCUGUUUCCUUCAGAACUGGAUUAUUCAACAGCUUCUAGGCGUCUAUCUCUCCUUAGAGAAGAACAGUGAUUUGUGUUUUGCUUUUGAAUCUUCUUUCGUGACUCCUACAGUCCCUGUCUUUCCUCCCCCCAUUUCUGCAUUGGAUCGUGGAUAGCUUGUAUCUCAUUUUCUGGUGGCGAAUGAUUGGGUCACUCCUUUUCGUCAUACAGAGCAGAGAACAAGUUGGCUUUCUCAAAGGAUCCUUAAUGUCCUGUGAUACAUCAAGUCAAUAUCAAGGCAUUUGUGGAGAAGGCUGAGGAAGUGAUGAAAAGUGUGCUGGAGGUGGCGCUCUCUAAAGUAAGAGGACAUCAAGUAAUGUCUAUAGCCAAUAAUAGGACUCUCUCCCGUGUCUUUUUUUCUGGUUUCUCAUAAGUUUGUUCCGUAGCUGGAAAUGCACUCAGGUGGGAUUUUCAGCAGCUGGUUUUACUCGUGGCUCAGUCCUAGAGUAACUUCUUCCAGGUGGAUUAUUAGAGUGUAGGGGAAAUGCCUGUUCUGUUCUGGUAGGUGGGUAUGGAUCCUGGUGAGUCUUCUAAUUAUGCUUGCAGAAAGACUGGCUUUUGGGCUUUUUGACCGUUCUCUCUGCUUCCCUUGUGUGAAUAUAAUAGCUGAUUUAUUCCAGCCUUAGUCAGAGGCAUUUAGGGCAAUUUGACUACAGCUUUGAAGGCAGCGGGUGCUUCCUAACCUAGUCAUGGUAGAGGUUGAGUCAUGAACUCAAAGAGUGAGGGUCUUUGGUUGUGCACUGUUAUCGUCUUCAGGUUAUUCUCAUUCAGAAAAAGAAAACAGUCCGAUUAGACUUCAGAAAUAUUUUAUAAUAGGUUUGGAGCCUACCUUACAUAGAAAGGAGUUGAGAGGAGGUUGCUGUAUUGUCACUAAACUCCAUGGUGUUUGCUUGUUGCAUGUAACUGUCACGAGGUUGCACAAAGUGGUAUUUUUGAGGCAUUCAGAAAAUUCUUCGUUUGUGUGUCUAGACCUAUAUAAGGUCAUGUUGAGUCAGUUUUGCUAUUGCCACACUCUUCAGCAGAGGCAAGAGUCAACUUGAAAUUUGGCAUUGUUGUGGCUUCCUACAGGAAACAGUGAAAAUGUUGCUUGCUGCUGGACAGCCGCAGUGGAGAGAAUGGAAGUGGAGCUGUUGGUUAGGCUUGAAACUUUGCCAGGAGGAUGUGUGACUUCUGCUCUUCCCUUGUCUAUCUGGCUGUGCCUUCCCUUGUUCCAGCCCUCGAUACUGCAGUGACUUGAUAGUUUUAGCUCAUCACAGUUGUUUUUAACAGCACUGAUUUCAGUGUAAAUGCCCUGCAUGAUCUGCGUGCUCUUUAUCUAGUGCCCAAGUAUGAUUUUAGGGUAUUUCUUUUACAGACUAUUCUUUAUUAUUUUAAAAAGCUCCUCCUCCUUUCUGCUUCUUGCCAGCAGAGGCAGGCUUUGCUUGUUCUUAGCUACAGAAAAACUAUAACCAGAGGCAGAGACUUCCCCCGACAGUGUCUAUUGCAUUCACCCAUAUCUGGCAACCUUUAAAACACUGAGGUUUGUGCUUUUGGAGCUGUGUGUGAGAAUGGUGUCUCUUUGCUCCUCGUUACUUUCAUGUAGUUAUCACUGCACUGCUGGUUUUACCUACCACUAGAAGUUCAGCAUGAGAAAGGUUUAGGUAAAUCUGUCCCUACUUCUGCAGGCAGACCUGCAGUUCUGAAAGUUCUUCAGAGCUAAUGUGCUCAUGACAAAUAGAAUUUAAAGAAAGCUCUGAUAUUCUGGAGUGUAAUGGCCCAACUGAUAAUGCAUUUAUUCCAACCUUGGCAAUCCCACGUAGCUUUGGUGACCCAGGCACAACUCAGAGGAGAUGCCUCAGGGAAAUAAACGAAUCCCAGCUGGGGACCUUUCAGGUAGCUUAAAGAAAGAAACACGAACGUUGCAGUUUCAACUUGUCAGAUGAUUUAUUUUUCUUUUCUCCCCAGCAAGAUGAAUAAACUCUUCCUGAAUUAAUCUGGGUGACACUUCCUCCUUUUGUUUCCCUUAGAACUUUGAGCUUCAGAUCUGGAAUAAAGCUCGCUCUGCUAAGUAAUGUUCUUUGUGCUCCGGCUUUUAAUCCGUAGUACUACUUGUGUAGUGGUGGAACUGUGGCACCGAGAAUCAAAGGUGAAAGGGAUCGGAGAGGUGCAGCCUGUAUUGUGGGAGUGAAUGCAUGCGUGUUAGGAGUGAAUGUCGGUUUACAAGAGGAGAAAGACAUUGAAUGAUAUUAGUCAGGGAACUCUUAGUUCUUGUUAAAGCUUUGUUGUUUCCUUUAUGCGAUGAGCGGGAAGGCCGUUCUUGACGCUGUAUCUGAAGUGGCUGAAGAUUGACAUAAGUGUUUAGUGAAGUGUAAGCUUAGCAAAAUGCUGACUGAAAGCAGCGCCCAUUGACUAUUUUAGUGGGCUUCUUAGUAGGGAAGAAGAGCACGGUUAACCUUUAGAUCUUAAAAACAGUGUGUGGAAAUGGGUGAAGAAUCUUAAGGAAGUGUUAGCGUGAAAAGGGAACUGCACCUUGUUGUAAUAAGGGUUUUAACAGUGGUUUGCCAAAGGAAUGGAGAAACCAAGUUGAAGCUUCAGGUCGGUAACUGUGAUGUAGCCCAAUAAAAAGGGGAAGGAAAAAAGCUCAACCCUAAAAUUGCCAGAUCAGUGAAGGGCAGAACUUGAGCUGACUGCAGAUGUAACAAAAAGUAAUUCUCUGGUUAUGUUGCAGUAUGGGUGAUCGCUGACUCAGCUGUGAUUACAGUAGUUUCAAACACUCCUUUUUGUUUAAAGUCACCGUAUCGAACUUCCAAAAUUAUUUUAAAUUACUACAGGAGGAAUAAUAGUGUGAAAGUUUGACUCAGGGAGAUGUUCUGGCUUUUGAGAACAAGCGAAUAGCCGACUGGCUGUGAUUAGCAGGGUAUUGAGAGCAUCUUUUCACUGAAUUCCAGGGGCUUCAGCCUGCUUGCCAACAUAAAUAUGGGUGUCUCUCUAACAGCAGAAUUACCUCAGAUUAGCUUGUGUUUUUGAAAGUUUAUGGUAUGAAAUACACAGUCCGCUUUAAUACCUCCCUCUUUUAAGAAAACAGGGAGUUAAAUGUUGAACUGGGCGCUCCUUUUUCCUCUGGGUGUUUUGAAGAGAACAGCGGCCUCCUCUUACUAAAAUAAGACCCAGGACUUCUCUCAUGUCUGUAACUCUGACACGCAGUGCUCUAGGAGCUGAGCCGCGCUCACUGACAACACACUUCAGAUGGCUGUGCGGGCCUGAACAGGGGCUGUAGGUAUUUCAGUGGUGUUCUCCGGCACUCCUGAAGUUCCUGUUACUUGAAGUGUGGCCUGGUAAGCAAUUGGCUUGCACUCACUGCCAGGUGGGGAGAGUGUUCCUCCCUCUGUAGGGGAACAUCCAGUUAGCACCAAGUGCUCUGGUCUUUUGCCUUUCUCGACUUCUGCAAGGAAGUGAAUUGCUCUGCCAAUGGGAUCAGACACCUCACUGCUCUGCUAAGCACAGACUGUGCCAGGUUACAUGAUGGAAUUCACGUUUUCUCAAGAAGAGUUGCGUAUCUUAGAUCAAUACCGUUGAAGAUACCUUCUGAUUGCAACACCCCAAGCACAGUCCUGUAACGAAUUUGCUGGAAGAACGCAUACAAUGGAUCUCAAAGAAAGCUGCCCAAGUGUUAGCAUUCCCAGCUCGGAUGAACACAGGGAGAAGAAAAAAAGGUUUACUGUUUACAAAGUGUUGGUCUCGGUUGGCAGAAAUGAGUGGUUUGUCUUCAGACGGUAUGCAGAGUUUGAUAAGCUCUACAAUACGCUAAAGAAGCAAUUUCCCACUAUGAACCUGAAGAUUCCAGCUAAAAGAAUAUUUGGAGAUAAUUUUGAUCCCGAUUUUAUUAAACAGAGAAGAGCAGGACUGAACGAAUUCAUUCAAAACUUAGUUAGACAGCCAGAGCUAUGCAACCACCCAGACGUCAGAGCAUUUCUUCAGAUGGAUAACCCAAAACACCAGUCGGAUCCAUCUGAAGAUGAAGAUGAAAGGAGUAAUCAGAAGUUAAAUUCUACCUCACCGAAUAUCAACUUGGGACCAUCUGGAAAUCCUCAUGCUAAGCCAACGGACUUUGAUUUCCUGAAAGUUAUUGGGAAAGGCAGCUUUGGCAAGGUUCUUCUUGCAAAAAGAAAACUGGAUGGGAAAUAUUAUGCUGUCAAAGUGCUGCAGAAAAAAAUUGUUCUUAACAGGAAAGAGCAAAAACAUAUCAUGGCUGAACGUAAUGUGCUUCUGAAAAAUGUGAAACAUCCAUUUUUAGUCGGAUUACAUUACUCAUUCCAAACAACAGAAAAGCUUUACUUUGUCCUGGAUUUUGUUAACGGAGGAGAGCUGUUCUUUCAUUUACAAAGAGAACGUUCCUUUCCUGAGCACAGAGCCAGAUUUUAUGCUGCUGAAAUAGCCAGUGCACUGGGAUACUUACACUCCAUAAAUAUUGUGUACAGGGAUUUAAAACCAGAAAACAUUCUCCUAGAUUCACUAGGUCAUGUUGUGUUGACAGACUUUGGACUUUGUAAAGAAGGGAUUGCAAGUUCUGAUACUACUGCAACAUUCUGUGGGACGCCGGAAUAUCUUGCACCAGAAGUUAUUAAAAAGCAGCCCUAUGACAACACAGUAGACUGGUGGUGCCUUGGUGCAGUUCUUUAUGAAAUGCUUUAUGGACUGCCUCCUUUUUACUGCCGUGACGUUGCUGAGAUGUAUGAGAAUAUUCUUCACAAGCCCCUAGUCUUGCGUCCAGGAAUCAGUCUCACAGCCUGGUCUAUUCUGGAGGAACUUCUGGAGAAAGAUCGGCAAAGCAGACUUGGAGCAAAGGAAGAUUUUCUUGAAAUUCAGAAGCACCCAUUCUUUGAAUCUCUCAGCUGGACUGACCUUCUUCAGAAGAAGAUUCCACCACCAUUUAAUCCUAACGUGCUUGGCCCAGAUGAUAUUGGGAAUUUCGAUGCGGUGUUUACAGAAGAAAUGGUCCCAUACUCAGUUUGCAUCUCUUCUGAUUACAGCAUUGUUAAUGCCAGUGUUCUGGAGGCAGACGAUGCCUUUGUUGGGUUUUCUUAUGCACCACCUUCUGAAGAUAUGUUUUCCUAGGAAGUUUGAAGCCAGCCGUGUUUUGGAAGUCUUGGGAUGAACUGAAACAUUAUGAACACAUUCCAAAUUAGUGUAACUAGUGCCUCGUUCUGUAUAUAGGUUUGUAACCUAUGAACAAACAUUCUCUGCUGUAUAGGAGGAAUUUGGGCAUUUUGGAUGGCUUUCUUUGGGGUUUGAACUGUUUAUUCCUGCUGCAGAAAAUAUUUUUUAAAAAACGUUAAGUAACAUUCUCUACAUUUACGUAUUUUUUUUUUUUUAAAGCAAAAACACUGACUGUUCUCAUCAGUCCCUUCAGGUUUACAUUCGUACAUAUCCGAGAUAAGGCCGGCACAAGCAGCAGCGUAUUUAGUAAAUUCAUAAAUGCCUUUGUACCUAUUUACAGUGACUUUGUGCUUGAAUUGUAACUAUGCAAAUCAUCUUUUGUAUAUCCCGGUUUAAAAAAGGUAAAUGUUUUUUUUUUCCCUGUUAUAUCGGUUUGAACUUUGUUAACCUGUCAGCACUUAAAUGAAGAUUUAAUUUAAGACUGAGAUGCUUGGAGGAUUUACGUAGAAUGAGAAAUUGGGUUUGUAAAACUAGAUUAUCACUUCUGCAUAUGCUGGAGUACCUAUGUCUCUGAACUGGAUUAUUUGAGGUAUGCAGGAUUACUCAAAGCAAGGAUGGAACAAAUUAUCUAUCCCUUUGGUAACUUUACUGAUCGUGCGUUCUACCUUUUUUCCUCCCUGAGAUAAAUAUGUCUGUAUUUCAACUGCAUUAAAAAUAUUUUUGGUUAAAAGUCUGCUUUUCCAAAGCUAUAGUAUGCAAUAAUCAGUGCUGCUUUGAAAGGCUGUCUUACUUUAACCUUCCUGUGGUGGAUGGUGAGGGGAUCACGCCAACAUUAAGUACUUUUCUCACUGAUUUAUAUUUGGAAACACUAAUAUGUUCCAAAUCACUUGUAUUUUUACACACAUACUUACUUGUCUUUCUGUCCCAUUUUGGACCAUUUUUAAAUCUUCACUUGAUAUUUGAAAAAAAAGAUAAUGUAAAUUCUGUUGAUAAUUUUAGAAAUGUGAAAAGUUAGUGUAUUUCUCAUAACAUACACAUGUAUGGAGAAACUGAUCGUUCUGAUGGACUUCUGUGUAAGGAAAACUUUUAACAAUGCAAAAACUGCAGUUAGUGCGUAAAAGCCUAUCAUGGUAGGUAGUAUUAUUAUGUAUAUCACCUGUAAAUAACAACUUAUUUUUGUCUGUUCCUUCAUAA